CGUCCGGAGUAGCUAGGAUUACAGGCCAAGCCAGUGCGGCGGCUUGGACUUGUUUCUUCUACACGUCGUUUUCAUAACCUAAGGGCACUUUUUCAUAAAACAAGACAUUGAGCCCAAAGGUAUUACAGUUCUCCAAUUCUGUAUAACCUUCAGCCUUUUAGGAGAGAACAAGAAAGAAUAUUGCUCGCCUCCUCUCCGGAAAUGUACCCUUUCCAGGAAUUUCUGAAACCUUUCAGAAGUGGAUUCCUUUGUAACGCCUUGACUUAGAAGCGUUAAUGAAAUCUGCAAAGCAUCUCAAACAGGAUAGCACUAUCACUCAUAGAAGCAUUGUCCAUGAAACGUCUUUCUCUUGUUUAUGCUCUCUGAAUCCUAAAUUUGCAGCGUUCCGCAGCUUUUGUUUUCUAAAGCCUAAGUGUACUCUGCUGGUCGCAAAAUGGCCGUUCUCCUUCACCGCCGCCAGGUACCACCAGCUGGGAAUUGUUCCUUUUGGGAGCAGGAGGUGGACUUGGCCCAAGAGAAACUGGAUGGUAUUCCGCAAGGAACAUAAUUUAGCAUUGCCAAAAGCUAAUGCAAUCAUUUUAAAAGUCUCAAAACACUAAAAUAUGAAUUGUGACCUCUUUUAUAUUAACAGGAGGCAGGCCAUAUUCUACCUUUUGAUUGGUUUAGGCUAUUUUGUCGAACAGCCACUUAGAAAACAGAUCUAGCAUCCUUCAUUUGCAUGGAGCGUUUACAUUUUAUUUGAAGCCAUUUUAACCCAAUUGAAACAAAGGAGACAGAACCCAUGAUCUCUGAAUAAGAUAAUUCGGAGAAUUUCCUUUUUAAAAGUUGCGUUUUUUCAGAUGCCUCGCUUAUUACAGUAGGAAAGAUUAAUAUCUUUCAAAAAGGGUUUAGUUACAAAAAUAUUCCAAGCGUGUAUACCUGCGUUUCAUAACUGACUAGCCGUCAAACCAAGAUGCAUAGUUUCCAACUUUUAUCUUCCAAAUUCUUAGAAAUUACGUGAAACAUUUGAAAGCAUGGCUUCUCAAUAAAAUGAGGCGUAAGAAGCACUACUGCAGAAGAUUGACACAAUAUUUAUCUGGGACGCCUACAUUAUUUGGUUGGCACAUUGUUUGAAGGAAAAGGAGAGAAGCUCAGGUUACUUAGCACAGCGCGAACUUAUUUGAAAACUACAACAGCACGAGUGGAAAUAAGGCCUCAUUACCUCACUCUCCACUGUGCUAGGGGGUUAUACAGAAUAGGAUUGUGGAAGGGGAUGUCGAUUUAAUAGCUGUUUAUUCUCCCGUUACCUGAGUCUGUGACUGGGAAUGUGAGAUCGUUUAGCUUAUUGAUACUCUGAAAUGCUUUAACAGCCACAAAAAAGUUAAAAGGUGGUUACCAUAAAAUCUUAUCCCCAGGGUGUGCCGUUUGUUUUCACACUAAGGGGACUUAAACUCCCAGGAGAAUGCCUGUCAGGGAACCGAUGUCUACCCAGCAUUUAUUUAACACCUUUCACAGGCUUGUGAGGCCCAUAAAUCUUUGUUGAAUAAAAGGAUGAGUUGACCAUAUCAUGACAGGCUGAUCGUAUGUGCUGAGAUGAAACACAGGUUGUAAACCUUAGCACCCAUCUGGGGCAUGUUGUAUGGGUGAAAAGGGUAUUGGAAAUUCCUGAAGUGCAUUGGACUGUGGAAAUAAGUUGCAAUGGCAGAAAAUUUUCCACACUUUUGCAGCGUUAGUGAAUACUGGUGGUGUUUACGAUUCAUUCUUCUUUGACGUGAAAGGUAUUCGCCAGACACAUCGCUCUAAAACAUUGCCAGAAAAUGUAAGAGUUGGUGACAACUAGCCCUAACGCGACCUAAAACCGGCGCUUUCCUCUCUCCUUCCCCAAUUAUUCAAAACACUGAAAUUUGCAUUUCUUGCAAAUCAAAAACGAACAUCUCUGGCAACGGACCUUUAAUAAUUUAUAAUAAAACUCCUCAGAUGCUUAUGGGGCUGCAUUUACAAACUGCUCCCCCUCAACCCACUCCCUAAAAAAAGAGCUGCUUUUUUAGAGAGAAGCUGCACCCUCUGAUGUUACUGGGCGGCAGUCUGCCUACAAUUUCCUUCACAACGAAGAAACCCGGGCGGCUUUUUCCGUGUGUUUGCUGUGCGAUUAGCGAAGCAAGACCAUAGGCACCAGAGACCCCCAACUGCCUUCUGAGAGUGGACAAAACCCUCGGCACUGCGAGGGGCGGGGCACUAACGGGCACCAAUCACCGCGCAGUCCCACUCUAUAAAUACGCCGCGUCGCGGGCGUUUCUUAGCAUCCUGCUUUGUCAGGUUUUACCAGUUUACUUGCUGUACUCCGUCACCAUGUCCGAAACGGCGCCUCCCGCUUCCGCCGCUUCAGCUGAUCCUCAGAAAUCGGCAGCUGGCAAGAAGGCCAAGAAACCAGCUAAGGUUGCAGCAGCCACCAGGAAAAAACCCGCGGGCCCCUCUGUGUCGGAGCUGAUCGUGGAGGCUGCUGCUUCCUCCAAGGAGCGUGGUGGUGUGUCAUUGGCUGCCCUUAAAAAGGCGCUGGCGGCCACCGGCUACGAUGUGGGAAAGAAUAACAGCCGCAUUAAGCUGGGCGUUAAGAGCCUGGUAAGCAAGGGCACAUUGGUGCAGACGAAGGGCACCGGCGCCUCAGGUUCCUUCAAGCUCAACAAGAAAGCAUCCUCCGUGGAAGCCGAGGGCGGCGCCUCAAAGGUGGCGGCGAAAACGAAGGCAACCGGCGCAUCUAGAAAGCUCAAAAAGGUCACGGGGGCUGUUACCAAAAAAAGCGUGAAGACUCCGAAAAAGGCUAAAAAGCCUGCCGCCACAAGAAAGCCCUCGAAGAGUCCCAAAACUGUAAAGCCCAAAAAAGUAACCAAAAGCCCUGCUAAAACCAAGGCUAUAAAACCCAAGGCGGCCAAGGCUAAAGUGACGAAGCCAAAGACUGCCAAACCCAAGAAAGCAGCACCCAAGAAAAAGUAAAUUCCAGUUGGAAGCUUCUUACAUUAACCCAACGGCUCUUUUAAGAGCCACCUACAUAUUUCAGGAAAAGAGCUGUGGUACACAGGUAGAAUCCCCCAGUAAAAUGGAAGACGCCCGCAACUGUAUUCGUAUAAUUUGGAGAGUCAAGAGGAACUUUAACAUAGGUUGAGUAAAGCUAAUUGCUACCAGAUGAAGCUAUCAAAGAUAGCAAGGUGACUUAAAAUGCGCCGAAUAAAGAAAAUCGGUGUUUUACAGUUACCUGGGGCUUUUUCUGUAAGUAGCCCGAAGUCCCGCGUCUCACAAAGCUAAUUAGUCAUAAUCGUGUAAAACCAAGAUCGAAUCCCCGUCUCAGGCUUGAGGCUUUUUAUUAUGUGCAAGGUUAAAGUGGGGACAUUGACUUCUUGGGUCAAUAUUGCCAAAGGUAGCUUUUUCUGAAAUUGGGAAAUGCUUCUUAGUUGGUAAAAUUCAUGGCUUAACCACUCCUUCGCAGGAGUGUUUAGCGGGCUGUCUGUCCUUGGGGAUGACAGUGACCCUGCUGGCGUGGCUGGCGCCCACGUUGGCAUCCUCUAAAAUCCCCACCAGGGAGGCCUAGUUCGCUUGCUUUCUGCAGCGCCAUCAUGACAGAACUUUGAAACGCAAAAUGCUCUUGCUUUGUGCAGCGUCUUAUUAUCCUGGGUGCAUUUGAGGGCUAUCGAUUUGGCUUAGGCCUUCGU